UCGAACAUGAACAACAACGCAGCUCCGGGCGCAUCGGAUAAUGAUUGUCGCGUUUCCGGCCUGUGAUUAUGUCCGUACGCGUUAUUGACGCACGUCCGUCGUUCGGCCGAAACUGUUUCGCGUAUACCGUCGCGUCGUCGUGGUCGUGGUGUCCGCGGUCCGCCGGCGCCUCAGCCGUGGUGUUUGUGUGACGUCCAAGACGUCGCCGUCGUCGUCACAGCAGCCGUCGUACCAGGCAAAAUGUCCAAUGAAAAAUGACUCACUCCAGCCAUCAGACCAACGGUGCCAGCUUGGAGGAUUGCCACACAAACUUCUUCGCCCUGACUGACUUAUGCGGCAUAAAAUGGCGUAAGUUUGUUCAUUGUUCAGCUGGUCCAGAAGGACCUCCUGACUGGGGAGGUGGUCCUGGUGGUGGAACCAAUGCCUGUGGCUCGGUGCUCGAGGAUCCUGUGUUAUCUAGUUAUACAAGAUGUUUAACACAUGAUAUGUUGGCUGUAUGGCGACGUGUUUCAUUACCGCCUGCCAACUCUCAACAGACGUCACUUGAUCCCUUGGUUCCUGCACCACCAACACCCAUACCAGCUCUCCCACCAGCACUUUCUUUGAAAGCAUCGAAAGAACUGUGGAUAUUUUGGUAUGGUGAAGAACCAGAUCUGACUGGACUUGUUUCUCCUCAACUUUUACUCAAUGAAGGUGAUAAUGGAUCAUGGGAAAGUGGUCUAUCUUAUGAAUGCCGUUCACUUUUAUUUAAGGCACUUCAUAAUUUAAUUGAAAGAUGUUUAAUGUCUAGAGAAUUUAUUCGAUUAGGCAAAUGGUUUGUACAACCUUAUUCAUCUUCAGAAAAGUUAGAUAGUUCAAGUGCAAGUCAUUUGUCAUUUUCUUUUGCGUUUUUUGUCCAUGGAGAAAGUACAGUUUGUGCUAGCAUCGAUGUACGGCAACAUUCUGUAGUACGAACUUUAUCAAAAGAACACUUAGCACAAGCGUCCUCUCAACCUCAAAAUGGAACAAAUAUUCAAGUAAUGCUUGCACCUUUUGGCCUUGCUGGUACAUUAACUGGCCAUGUAUAUAAAAAUAUGGAUGCUGAAACUAGUCGUAUGAUGGAUGAAUGGAGUCAUUUUUAUCCAGUUGUUAAUAAUAAUGGACCUAAUGAAUUAUCUCCUGCAGUAGAAGUUUUAGUUGGUGGUGUAAAAAUGAGAUAUCCAUCUUGUUAUGUUUUGGUAACUGAUUUAGACGACAGUACUGCUGAGUUAUAUAAAAGUCAGAAUACUCAUCAAACAACUCCUCAACAGCAACAGCAACAGCAACAACAACCUCCACAGCUGCACCAACAACCACAGCCACAAAUAGUACCUAAACAACAGUUGUUUGCGACUAAGCAUCAACAUCAUCCAGAUACAAUAAUAUAUGCUUUGGAUAAUGCAGUGGCAUCCAUACCUGAACGAGCUUGGCAAGAUUGUGUGCUAGGAUCACUACACACAGAGCAGAACCCUCCAUCCAGACCUGAAUCGCCAACUUUAGGUCAAUGGCACUUAUCUGAUCCAUUACAAAAAUUAACAUGUUCCUGUACAAGGUGUAGAAAAACGAGUUCCAAGCACCAGACACAGCCAAUCGGCACACCAUUCCAUAGACGCACUCCCCUCCCUGAUAUUUUCGUCACUCAGCAGCCGCCACCCGAUGCAAACAAUACCACCCUCAGGUCUACACGUCUUUGUCCUACAGAUAGUCCUUGUGGGCUAGAUUCUGUGCCACCUUUGCCUUCAGUGCCAACCCCUCCAUCCGCUGGACAACCAGCUCCACUUUCAAUUCCUCCUCCAAUGCUUAGUCCACAUGAUGAAAAAAUUCCUAUUACACCUCUUUCAGUUGAUUUUCAGCCUAAGUCUGUAUCAUCUGUCUCCAACCAAGUAUUUUCACCUUAUCCUUCAUCUGCUCCUGCUAGUCAGGAACCUGUAAAAUCUGGACGAGAAAGUAACUCUGGCACACCUGCACCACCUAGUAAUACUGUAAGCAUCCCAGCAACAACGCCAACUGCGACAACACCAGUUCCAAUGCAAACUCAAAGUUCAAGUGCUUAUAUUACGUUAAAACGACCGCAGCUCUCAUCUAAGGAUUAUGAAGCAAAUUUGGUCGAAGAAGAAAUAAUGCCAUCUAAACUUUUGUAUGAUUAUUCUUGUAUUGAUGCUUGGUUAUAUCAUCCAGUAAAAAAGUUUAAGCCGAUUGUACCUAAGCAAGAACCAAUUACAAGAAUAAAUAAUGUGAUGGACAAUCCAGCAUCCCCUCCACAAGUAUACAUUAGAAGAGAUACUAGUGUACCUAUUCUUCCAGUUGAACCAUCUGAAAUUUCAAUAAAUAAUUUUAGCAGCUUUGAAGAAUUAAGAAAUAAUGCUCUUAGAUUUAAAGGUGGUCGUUCUGAUCCAUAUGAAUUUGAUGAGGAAAGUGGGGCUUGUUCUAGCAAUAAUAUUAUGAUUUCUAAUGAUUAUAAACUUAAUACUUCUAUGGCUGUGAUGAAGAAUGAAGAUAUCAAAAAAGAAUAUGAUCCUGGGUUAAUGAAUGGUAAUAGGUGUACGAAUGAUAGUAUGCGGGACCUUGAUCAUAUGUUUGACAAUUCUGAUGAUUUAUCUAGUGAUGAAGCUGUGGCUGCUUUACAAAUGCAAACACCUCCUGGCUCAAAUAAACCAGAUGAUUGUCUUGGAGGAGGGUUGACAACACUUUUAGUGCGACCUCCUAGAGGUAGUGGUGGUGGCAGUGGCGGUGGAGUGUUAAGGCCUGAAGAAUUAGUAAAAAUGUUUCCAACUCCUCCAUCGUUAGAACACAAUCCUAUAGCAUCUCCAUGUCCUGACAUGGAUCUACUUCCACCCCGUACUUACCAAACAAAUUCUUACAUGGGAAGUCCUCAACAUGAUCACAUAGAUGAUUGGUCGUAUGUGUACAAACCUCCAGCCAUAGCCAAAAUGGUUGGCUCUUCAAAAUACGCACCUCUCACAAAUCUUCCGAGCCAAAAUCUACCCCCGUUAAUAGUACCUUCCAAUUGUGUUUAUAAACCUUCCUCUUUUGUUUACCACGCUUCAUCACAACCUCAACAAAUUCAACAUCAUCCACCACAGCCUGAAAAACCAAAUCAGAUUGUACCUCCGCCGGCAUCUUCAGCUAAUAACAAUUUAUUACCAAAUAUGAAUCGCAAUAAUCAUUAUCAUCAUCCAAUAAUGAUGAGUCCAUCACCUCAUAGUGCACCAUGGCCUGGAGGAGGAAAUCAAUAUCACCGACCACCUCAACAACAAAUACAACAACAUCAACAAGUGCCUCCUCCACCAUAUAGUCCUGCACUGUCACAGCAUCACAAUAUGAAUGUUGUACCCACAAAUAUGUCUCCACCUGUACCUGAAGCUAACUCAAUAGUUGUGAAUGUUUUGUUAACUGACUCACUACUUAAUGUCUUCCGAGAUCAUAAUUUUGACAGUUGCACAUUGUGUGUGUGUAAUGCUGGUCCAAAAGUGGUUGGUAAUAUCAAAGGUACGGAUGCAGCUGUUUAUCUUACUCAUACAUUGACUCCUAACGGAUACUCAUCUCAGUAUCAACAACAUCAUAUGUCUGUGGGAAUACCUGGUGAUGAAGAUGGAAUUCGAUGCAGUUGUGGUUUCAGUGCUGUGGUAAACCGCAGAUUAUCUCAUAAAUCGGGAUUGUUUCCGGAAGAUGAGGCUGAAAUAACUGGACUUAUUGAAGAUAGCCCUGUGCGUGUAGAUGAUAACUCUAUGAACCCGGAUGUUUUAGAACUAGUUAGGGAACAAUGUGCUGCUGUAAUCUAUAGUUCUUGUAGUUCUCUAGUACGGGCAGCAGCAAAGUUUCCCAUAAAUCAUCCACCUCAAACUGCAACUGUCAAUAUGCUAGAAUUUACAGAUACUAAUCAAGUUGCUCUACUUGCUCUAGAACAAGGGAGAUUGGCUAAGUUGGAAGGUGGAAUGAAUAAUCAUUGGCAAGUUGAACAUCACCGUUGGCCUGGUCAUCACCAACAGUCAUUGCCACCGUUGAAUAAUAAUUCUCCACCUGUGCAUAGAUGGGCUUACAGUCAAGCACCGGGACCUCGUAGCAGCAGGCAGCUUAUAAGGGUUAUGAGGACAUUACAACCACUUUUACAAGAAGCUAUUCAAAGAAGAAGUGUAACUACUAGGUUAUGGGAACCUUACACUGUCACUGGACCAUUAACUUGGCGACAAUUCCAUCGAUUGGCUGGUCGGGGUACUGAAGAUAGAUGUGAACCACAGCCCAUUCCUCCCAUUCUGGUUGGACAUGACAAAGAUUGGGUAGCCGUUGCUCCUUUAGCGCUUCAUUAUUGGGAUAAAUUAUUACUAGAACCUUUUUCAUAUUCACGAGAUGUUGCAUACAUAGUUGUUAGUCCAGAUAAUGAAUUUAUUUUACAAAGAACAAGAGCAUUUUUCAAAGAAUUAAGUGCAGCUUAUGAAAUAAAUCGAUUAGGUCGCCAUUGUCCAAUUACAAAAGUAUUACGAGAUGGUAUUCUUAGAGUUGGCAAAUCAGCUGCUGCAAAAUUAGCUAAAGAACCUGUAGACGAAUGGUUCUCGAUGUUGGGUGAAAAUCAUCAAUCGUCUAUGUUAAAAUUAUACGCCCAAGUUUGUCGUCAUUAUUUAGCUCCACAACUUUCUCAAUUUUCUAUGGAUAAGACGUUAUUGGAUCCACCAGAAGGUAGUAUUCCAAGGCCUCCACCUUCUCCAAUGCCACCACCAGCAUCACUGACACCUAACUCAGUGGAAUCACCUGUUUCAUCCAAUGAGCGUGCACCCACUCCUAAGAGUGAUGGGUUAGAUGAUUCCUCUAGUGGUUCACAGGCUGAUAAAAGUUUUAAUAGUAAUGGAGAUAACAGUCACUGUGAAGAGGAUGAUGGAGAAGUGCCAGCCAUUGUUAUUUAUCUUGUUGAACCCUUUUCAAUUGGCAAGGAUAGUAGUAACCUUGCUAGGAUUGCUUGUCAUGGGCUUUUACGAUGUUAUAAUACAGUUUUGGCUACACUUCCAGAAGCUAUACGAUCAAAUAUUUCAGUACAGCUUAUAUCUUUAGAGAGUGUUUUGGAACUUGGUCGAUCCUCAGAUCAUCUUAAAAUGAGUGAUAAUAUGAGAACCUUAGCCCUAUCAGUGUUUAGUCAAUGUAGACGGUACUUAACUCACACUGCUAAUAUCAAAGCCUUAACUGGAUUUGGCACAGCAGCCAUGACUGAAUUGUUCUUAAAAAAUAAAGAUGAAAAAAGCCGAACAGCAUAUAAAGCAUAUACUCCUCCUUUUAUUUUAGCUAGUUAUAGAAAUAAUAAAACUGGCCGAACAGAUAGUGGAAUAGCUGGCGAUAAUAUGAGUGGUGGUGGUGAUUCAUUGUCAAACCUUGGUGGACCCAAUGGGACUGGUUCUCCUUCAGGUACCGAUCAACAAUGUUCUGUACUUUAUGCCAGUUAUUGUAUAUCAGAAGAUCAAAGGUGGAUAUUGGCUACAGCAACCGAUGAACAGGGAAUUCUAUUAGAAACCGCUACAAUUAAUAUAUAUGUACCAAACAAGCGAAGAAAAUCUCCAGCCCGAAGAGUUGGCUUACAGAAGUUGAUGGAUUUCAUCUUAGGUGUAAUGAGUCAAAGUGUAACACCUUGGCGAUUAGUUGUGGGUCGAGUAGGAAGAAUUGGACACGGAGAACUUAAAGGUUGGUCGUGGUUAUUGAGUCGUAAAGCAUUGAUGAAAGCAUCGCGUCACUUAAAAGAAUCUUGUGGCCAAUGCAGUCUGUUGUACCAAAAAUCUGAUGUACCGUCUGUGGUUAGUGCUUGCUUAGUUUCUUUGGAACCUGAUUCUUCUUUAAGACUGAUGACAGACCAAUUCACACCUGAUGAACGCUUUAGCCAAGCAUCUGUUGCUUGUCAACUCUCCACGCCUCGUGAUGUUUCAGCAACUCAUAUACUAGUAUUCCCAACAUCAGCUACAACCCAGUCCUCGCAAACUGCGUUCCAAGAACAACAAAUUAAUGGUCCUGAACUUGGUGAUGAUGAAUUAUUCAGUGCAUUUAAUGAAGAAGAUAUGCAAAGUAUGGAGGGAAUGGGUGAUUUCAACGACAUAUUUAGCACAUGGAAUGAUUCGGAUGCUGUGGGAAACACGAGCUUGGGUCUUCCGAGUGGUGGUGUUUCCGGGGUUUUAGGUGGUCCUAGUAGUAAUGUUAUAGGAGGUGUUAUGGGCUCUGGAUCAUUGGGUGGUUCCAUAGGAAUGGGUCGAGGGUCAAUGGGGCCCAGAGGAGACUGUUCUUCUCAACCUGGUAGUCCACCAUCUUCACAGCCUUGUAGUCCUUUUGCUUGUGGAUCUUCUUCAUACAGAAAUGGUGGUAGUUGUAUUGAUGGCCAUGAAGAAGUGGGAGCAUUACUCCAACAACCACUGGCUCUAGGCUAUCUAGUAUCUACCGCACCAACGGGACGUAUGCCCACGUGGUUUUGGGCGUCAUGUGCACCUGACAUAGAAAAAUGCAGUCCUGCUUUCCUGAAAAGUGCAUUGCACAUGCAUACUGUACAAUUACCUAAUAAUGCUGAUCCGGCAGCUGCAGAUCUCCUUCAUCCCACAUCUGCGGUUUCAGCACAUCCACUAGAUUCUCAAUAUACCACAGAUGUCCUAAGGUAUGUCUUGGAGGGUUACAAUGCAUUAUCAUGGUUAUCAUUGGACUCAAACACUCAUGACAGGAUGUCUUGCUUGCCUAUACACAUGCAAGUACUAAUGCAGCUUUACCACACUAUGAAUGCUCUGAUAUGACGGUAACAUGUUUUUCGAAUAACAUAGUUAAAUUUUCGUGAAACAUUUCCUCUAUUGUUUCAGUUAAUUUUAGGUCAAUUAAGGUGAUAUUUAAUUAAUGUAAAUUUUUAGCUUUAUUUUAAGAAAAAUAUAUAAAAAAAAAAACAAAAACAAAAGAAAAAUAACUGGACACCAUUUUAGUGUAGAAAAAUGUUAAUUACAAAUUUUUAACGAAUAACAUAUAUGUAAUAUCUAGGUACCAAUGGAUAGUAAAUUUUUUAGGGCAAUUUUAUUUUAAACAAUCCGUUAUAGGCGAAUUGUGAAUGUAAUAAUAUUAUUAUUGUUC